UAUUAUUCAUCUCCUUCACAUAAUGUUUUUCCUCUCACUAUAUAUAUGAAUGCAAACUAUAACAACUAAAUAAAAACAAAAAACAACCAAGAGUGAAAGAUAUAAACACACAUCGUCAUCAACAAAACAAAAAGCAUAUUAAUAUAUUAAAGAAUGGUGGUCUCUACUAUUAAUGGUACUUCACCUUUGUCACAUUCCAAUGGCACAACAAUACCCCUCUCUACUUUCUCACGCAAUUCCUUUGUCAAUGUUGAGAAGGGUGAUCCAGUGGCAUUCCGGCCAUAUUGGGAGAAGGUGAGAGAUGAAUGUACGGUAGAGAUCAAAGGUGACGAAUGGAUGAGUUACCUUGGUGAUACAAACAACUUAUGUUGGUAUAUGGUGCCACAAAUGAGGGAUGCAAUUUUGAGGCUCCACAAUGUGGUCGGUAAUGCUGUCACAAAAGAUAAGUUCUUAGUAUUAGGGACAGGUUCUUCUCAACUCUACCAAGCUCUUCUUUAUGCACUCUCUCCUUCAGAAUCCUCUCAUCGUCCCAUUAAUGUUGUUGCUGCUGCACCUUAUUAUUCGGAAUACAAAGACGCAACUGAUAUCUUGCAAUCAAGGCUAUUUCAAUGGACCGGUGAUGCUGCUCUGUAUGAUAAAGAUGAACCUUACAUAGAGGUUGUGACCUCCCCAAACAACCCUGAUGGGACUCUUCGUGUACCGCUAGUGAACUCUGGAGUUGAAGGGAAAAUCAUUUAUGACUUGGCCUAUUACUGGCCGCAAUACACUCCCAUUACUGAUCAGCUUGACCAUGAUGUUAUGGUCUUCACAUUCUCCAAAUGCACCGGUCAUGCUGGUUCGCGUAUCGGGUGGGCAUUUGUAAAAGACAUUGAAGUUGCUAAAAAGAUGAUAAGAUUCGUACAGUUAAACUCCAUUGGCGUGUCAAGAGAAUCCCAAAUUCGAGCUGCUAAGAUGAUUGGAGUGAUUUGUGAUGGUUACAAAAAUUUAAAGUCCAUUGAAUCUGAUCACCUCUUUUUUGAUUAUAGCAAAAGACUCAUGAAAGAAAGGUGGGAGAAAUUUAAGGGAGCUAUUGAGAAAAGCAAGGUUUUUACCUUGACCAAAUACCCAACUUCCUAUUGUCACUUCAACAAGGACUUAUCUGAGCAAUACCCAGCUUUUGCAUGGUUGAAGUGCUUGGAGGGCAUAAAAGAUGGCGAGAGUUAUUUGGAAAAAUUGAAGAUUCGUACAAGAGGAGGGGGGAGAUUUGGUGUCGAUGCAAAGUAUGUUAGGGUUAGCAUGAUUGGUACAGAGGACGAGUUCAUUGAAUUAUGUACAAGAUUGUCAAAUGCUAAAAGGGAAUGAUGUUGGAACCAUAAAAAAUGUCAUAUGUAGUGUUAGCUAGAUAGCUUGAGUUUCAUCAAAAUAUAUAAAAAUACA